AUGGGCGAUGGUGGAGCUGUGGGCAAAGGGAAGGACGACGACUUGGACAAUGCCUACGAGUUGUUGGCUUUGGAAGAUGAUGCAGGGGAAAAAGAGAUCAAGACAGCGUAUCGAAAGAUCUCCUUGAAGUGCCACCCCGACAGAAAUCCUGACGAUGAGGAGGCAGCGGAGAAGUUCGAUCGAUUGACUCGGGCAAAGGAGACCUGUUGUAACUUGGCUGCAUUCACGGCAUCACGGCAUCGCUUGGUGAAGUGUGCUUCAACUCCAGAGAUCAUCUUGCGGCGUAGGAAGAGGAAGGCCGCUCGUGAUUUGGAGGAGCUUGACAGCCCUGACAUUCCAUGGUCAUCCAUGGUCUUUGUUUGCUCGACGCUAUGUCCGGUUCGGAGCAGCAUGGCAGCCGUAGCUCAGCACUUUCACCGCCAGGAGCGACAUGCCCAGGAAGAUGCCAAGCGGAGAAAGCUCCGGGAGGAUUUGGAAGGUCGCGAAUCAGCAGCCAAUGCUCGCAGUCAAGCGUACAAGCGAGCGCAGGAGGAUGCGGAGGCGCGAAAAAAGUACCUCCAGCAGGACAUGGCGCAGAGGAUCAAGGCCAAGGAAGCUGAAUUGGCUCAGAAGCAACAGGAGGUGGCCGCGUCGGUGGCCGAAGCCCGGGACACCGCGCUGGACUCCCGCCUUCGUGUCACGUGGCGAGGCGUUGCCCCAGGGGUAGAGACCAUCCGGCAGGAACUGGCAGAGUUUGAGCUGAUUUCCAUGGAAGUUGGUGAGUCAGCUGCAAUCGUUCAGUUGGGCAGCCGCGAAAUGGCCUUGAGGGCUGUGUUGGAAUGCAAGUCGAAGAAGAACUCCAUGCCCUUCAAAGUGGCCUUGGCGCCCAAGGAGGUCGAGGAGCCAGUGAGCCAGGUGAAGGAAACUCCAAAGAAAGGUGAACAGGAAAGUCCUGCUGAGACCUUCAAUCGAGCUAAGAGCUUUGAUGACUGGGAGGCGCAGAUGAUGGCUGAUCUGCAGAACUUGGCCAAGAAACAGACGGCUGCCUGAAGGACCGUUUUCGGGGCCCUUGUGCAGGGCCGAACGGCAAAUGCCCGAAGUGAAAA